AUGCACGCGUUCGUAAAUAAAGCGUCUGCUGAGCGUCAAACGAACGCGUUAGAGUUGUUGCGAGGUUUGCAUCGCUGUUGUACCGGUUCUGCUUCUGCUGAGGGAGUUUCGCUCGCGACGCUCCACAGCGCCAUCUACCGGAGCGACGAAUGGUUGAAGUCAGUGUCGGUGUCUGUGAAGAUCUCCAAAGCAGGAUUUCACAGAGAUCUUCAAUACAGAGUUCAGUGGAGCAACACAGAUCACGAGGUCCAAGCUUUACUGGUCCAGAAGCUGCCCAGUGGAGUCUAUGUGGACGCAUACCAGCUGGAAACUCUGAGGCGCGACACGGGGUUGGAGGUUCUCCUGGAUUCAGAGGUCGAUCUGGAAGCUCCAGAGUAUCUGUCCUCUGGGUUCACGGCGCUGGUUUUUCUCUCGGGAACGCACGAGGCUGUGGCUCACGGCCGAUAUCACAGACCCUCAGACUCCAGGAAGCCAGUGAAAGUAGACAUGGAGCCGCCCAGAGUGCUCCUCAGAUCAGACCAGUGCCGCACACUGAGUCCUGGGGUACGUGGUGUAGGGGUCGAGGCUCCCUGUACCGUCAGCAACCACAGCAUCUGCUCAUGGAUGAGAUCCUGGAUCUAGAGGGGAUGCUUAUCCAGCCAAAGUGCUGGGACCCUGGACCACAA